GAAGAUCAAUCAGUGUCAGUGUCCUCAAAUCAAAGAAAAUAAUAUUAAAUCCAACCGAAUUUCUUCACUCGAUAAGACCACGAUAAACGAGAAAAAGUGAGCCGACUGGCCGGGCUCAACACUGUUCCGUACCAUUUGUUGAACACAUGUUUUCAAGUUUUCAGUGGUGGAAAAUACGAUAGUGUACAUUUCAAUGGACAAACUAAAGAAUCGUUACCACGAUAAUUUUGCUGUGUCGGCGACGUGCGUAGUCUAAACUUGGAAGUGAAAUACGUUCUUUUCGUUUAACAAGCACUUUUUUUGGAUAAGACUAGCGCCUCCGAGCUAACGCCACUACAGCACGUUCAGACGGUCAUACACACAGACCGACUGGACGUACCAAAAAUUCGCCAUGUAUAGACAAUCGUCUGGAAUAUGGUUCCUAAUUUUCUUACAAUUUAUAUUUUUAACAGAAACAAGUCCACAGUUUCAGUAUAGUGGAAACAGACAAAGAUUUAGGGGUAACAAGGCACCGGUAAUACUUAGGGGUGAUCAACCACCUCCACCAGAUUUAGACCAGGAUCUCGAUGGUGAAAUUCAUCCAUUCGCUGACGUACUCAAAUAUCAUCUGCGCAAUAAUAUUAAUAAGGGUGUGUAUGAACCACGAAAGCCACACCCGUGCGAGCAAAGCUCAUGUUACCCAGCCACUGGAAACCUGCUGAUAGGCAGAGAAAAGCAGUUGUACGCCUCAUCAACAUGUGGUUUGGAGAAGCAAGAAAGAUACUGCAUAGUGUCCCACUUAGAGGACAGGAAGAAGUGCUUCUGGUGUGACUCCAGCGCCAGAGAAAGGCCCGGCUCCGUCAAGAGCCACAACAUCAGCAACAUAGUCUACAGAGUCUUCCCGGGAACCAACCAAAAAACCUGGUGGCAAUCGGAGAAUGGCAAGGAAAACGUGUACAUCCAGUUGGACUUGGAAGCCGAGUUCCACUUCACCCACAUGAUAAUAACGUUCAAAACGUUCAGGCCUGCGGCCAUGUUGAUCGAACGAUCCGACGACUUCGGGAAGAACUGGCAAGUCUACCGGUACUUCGCCCACAAUUGUACGGAAAGUUUCCCCGGCGUAAGACAAGGAGACCCAACCAACUUAACUGACGUGAUCUGCGAAAGCCGUUACUCGGGGAUAGACCCUCUGACGGACGGUGAAAUCAUCUACAAAGUCAUCCCCCGUACCGUCUCAAUCCUCAACCCCUACUCCGAACAAGUGCAAAGCUUGCUGAAAAUGACCAACUUGCGUAUCAACUUCACCAAGUUGCACACCUUGGGUGACGAUUUGCUCGACAAAAGAGCGGAGAUACAAGAGAAGUACUACUACGCGAUCACCGACAUGGUUGUGAGAGGUUCCUGCUCGUGUUACGGACACGCCAACAGAUGCCUCCCGCUGCCCGGCAUCAAACCUAAGGCGGACAUGGUGCACGGAAGAUGUGAGUGCACCCACAACACCAAAGGCAGAAACUGCGAGCAGUGCGAAGACUUCUUCAACGACCUUCCUUGGAGGCCGGCCAUUGGAAAACAAUCCAACGCCUGCAAAAGAUGUAACUGUAACAACCACGCGACGAGUUGCCAUUACGACCCAGCUUUGUACGAAGCCACGGGUCAGGUAAGUGGAGGUGUUUGCGAUGGUUGUGAACACAACACCAUGGGGUCGAACUGUGAGCAGUGCAAACCCUUCUACUACAGAGACCCGACCAAGGACAUACAAGAUCCCGAAGUUUGCAGAGAGUGCGAUUGUGAUCCAAGAGGCUCCCUGGAAGGAGGUAGCUGCGACUCAAUUACAGAUACAGUCAAUGGUCUGGUAGCCGGUAAAUGUCACUGUAAGGCUAACGUGGAAGGUAGACGUUGUGAUGGCUGCAAAAAUGGAUACUGGAACUUCACUGAAGCUAAUCCAGAAGGAUGUCAACCCUGUACCUGUAACACCUUGGGUACUGUUGACAAUCAAGGCUGCAACGUUGAUUACGGUACUUGUACUUGCAAACGUUACGUCACUGGCAGUAACUGUGACCAGUGUUUGCCGGAAUAUUGGGGACUAUCGGAACAGGACUACGGUUGCUCACCAUGUGAUUGUGAUAUGGGUGGUUCUUACGACAAUAACUGUGACGUUAUUACCGGUCAAUGUAGAUGCAGAGACUUUAUGACUGGCCGUACUUGUGACACCCCUGCUCAACAAUACUACACGGUUAAUUUAGACUUCUUACUAUACGAAGCUGAGAACGCCCAAUCCAAUGGACAGGUACUAAUCAGAGAACCCUUCCGUGAUGGCCAUCCGAACACCUGGACAGGAGAAGGUUUCAAUAAAGUCACUGAAGGAAACUACAUGGAGUUUGUUGUGGAUGACAUCAAAACAUCAACAGAUUACGAUAUUAUCAUCCGUUACGAACCAUUGUUACCUGGUGCCUGGGAGGAUGUUGAUGUAACAAUUCACAGACCUGAUUACAUAGAUCCAAACGGCCCGUGUAAGGACUACGACCUCAUUAAUGACAAAAAACGUGUCGCCUUAUUAUCUGACCGAACGUCAAUCAAAGUAGUACCGUCUUCUUGUCUAGAAGCAAACAAAGUUUAUAAAGUCACCUUGGAAUUCAGAAGAUACAGCUUCGACAAAGAAACACCUUCAGCUUCUGUACUAAUUGACUCAAUUGUUUUGAUUCCGUCAAUUGAUAAACUUCCCAUCUUCCACGGGUCUGUUGCUGCUGAAGACAGGUUAGCUGAAUACACCAGAUAUAACUGUGACGAACUGAUGCACAACGCUUACCACACACAAAUACCAGAGAUUUGUAAAAAGUACCACGUCAGUAUUGGAGCUUACUUCAAUAAUGGAGCUGCAUCUUGUCAAUGCGACCCCACUGGCUCAACAAGUAAGCUGUGCAACUCCACCGGAGGUUACUGCCAAUGUAAACCCAACGUUGUUGGAAGGAAAUGUGAUAGAUGUGCCCCUGGUACUUACGGCUUUGGGCCGGAAGGAUGCAAAGCUUGUGAUUGCAACAGCAUUGGCUCCUUGGACAACUUCUGUAAUGUAACAACUGGCCAAUGUAAAUGCAGAGCCAACACGUACGGCAGGGAAUGCGACCAAUGUCGCACAGGGUUCUGGAACUUCCCCAACUGUCAAAGAUGUGACUGUAACGGUCAUGCGGAUAUUUGUGACGCCCGUACCGGCGCUUGCAUCAGUUGUAGAGAUAGUACAGAAGGUCACUAUUGUGAGAAAUGUGUUAAAACGUUCUACGGUGACCCUAGGAUUGGUGUGGACAUACCCUGCAGACCUUGCCCAUGUCCAGGCAGCCCAGGCUCCAAUCAUUCGUACGCAGACAAUUGCUCGCUAGACCCCUACUCCAAAGAUGUCAUUUGCGACUGCAAGGAAGGAUACGCUGGUCUGCAUUGUGACGUUUGUUCCGACAACUAUUUUGGAAAUCCGGAGGUGCCCGGCGGUUCUUGUCAACCGUGCGACUGCAGCGGCAAAAUUAAUUACCUCACUCCAGGAAAUUGUGACCCGCACACCGGCAAAUGUAAGAACUGUCUUGACGACACCACCGGUGACCACUGCGAAGUUUGUAGACCUGGUUUCUUUAGAUACGGGCCCGACGAACGGUGUCAACCUUGUCAGUGCUUCAUUCUUGGAUCCAACGCCACAGCAGGUGCUUGCAAUCCAGAAGGUGGACAAUGUAACUGCUAUCCCAACGUUGCGGGAAUCACCUGUGACGAAUGUAUCGAGUUCCACUGGAAGAUUGCCAGUGGUGAGGGUUGCGAACCCUGCGACUGUGACCCACAAGGUUCUCUUAGUCCGCAAUGUAACGAAUUUGAUGGUCAGUGCGAAUGUGCUCGUGGUUUUGGAGGUAGACAAUGUAAUGAAUGUAUGAGGAAUUUCUAUGGUGAUCCACGACAAGAAUGCAAACCAUGUGACUGUGACCCCUAUGGUUCAAAAACAAGUCAGUGUGACAUGGUUACUGGCGCCUGCGUCUGUAAACCUGGCAUCGGUGGAUAUAGAUGCGAUGUAUGUGCCAGAGGAUACAUUGGUGACUCACCUAAUUGCCAACCAUGCGGUGAAUGCUUCGACAACUGGGAUAGAAUUUUGGGAGAAGUCAGAAAUAACACCUUGGACAUCAUUGAAAGAGCUGGGGACAUUAAGAAGGUUGGAGCCACUGGUGCUUACACGAAAGAGUUUGAAGACAUGCAAAACCAACUGGACGAAGCUGAACAGUUACUCAAUAACACUGAUGACAUUAACGUAGAAGGAAUCGAGCAAGAAUUGCUGAAGCUGAGAAAUCAAAUCAACCAAACUGAGUACGGUAAACUGAAGGAUGUUGAAGAACUUCUAGACAACACAAAAGAAAAUCAGAUCUCCACAACCUUGAAGCUGGAAAGACUAAACUUGAAGAUGAUAGACUUACAAACUAAAACAAAGGAGUUGGAAGAAAACGGCACUCAAUUGCAAGAAGCCAAUGUAAGAGGAGCCCUGAAUUUGAUCAAGAGUGCAAAGAACAAAGCUGAUGCUGCUGCAAACAAAGCUCAACACACACUGGAAACAAUCAAAGAAGCAGACGUAGGAUGUAAAGCUACAGAGAACCACUUAAAUACAACUGAAAAGUUUUACAAACAGCAACUGGAGACCAAUAAAAAUGCACUGAAUUCCAUUGUAGAUAAAAUUAACAGCUUAAACGACCAAAUUCCCGAAUUAAACCAUCUUGUUUGUGACGGAAGUGAGUUUCCUUGUGAUGAAAUAUGUGGCGGUGCUGGAUGUGGAAGUUGCGGCAAUCAGUUCUCCUGCGAAAACGGUGCCAAACAACUUGCUGAAACGGCAGUUAGCAUUGCCAAUAAUACUGAAACGACGUUAAGAAACAAGGAGUCAGAAGCUAAUGAGUUUAUUAGGAAUAUUUCUCACAUUAAUACGCAAAAAACAAGAGAUUUAUCUCAGGAAGUAUUCGAUAAAAUAAGAGGAAAUUUAAUUUCGACCAAUGACACCUUGAAUAACGCCACUGAGUUGCUGAACGAUAUGAAGGAGUUCUUGGGACAAAACCAUACACAACCUGAAGAGUUGAACGAGAUUAUUGAUCAAAUCUUGGAUACUGAAAUGAAGUACAACAGGAGUGAGGUUGAGAAAUUGGCGCAACAAAUCAAGGAAUCGGUGGACCGUUUAGCAAACACCGACAAAAUUAUUGAGGCCACCAAACACGACUUACAAAAAGUGAACCAAUUAAAGAUGCAAGCUCUGGAAAGAAAGGAGCAAUCGCAGAAGCUUCUCAACGAAGCCGAGGAAAUAAAAACUUCGUUGAAUAUAACGAAUGAAAAACAGAAGGAGGCCUCUGAUGCUAUUGACACUGCUUGGAGGGACUACGAACAAGUUGAAUCCAGAUUAUACGAGAUUGGAAACAAGACGCAAGAAGCUCAGGUCACCACAUCGGAAAUCAGCAACCAUAUUCACGAGAUGAAGCAGAAACUGAACGAGCUUCAAGCCAAUACGACCAACAAUGGCAUAUAUGCCGACAAAAUAAUGGAAGAGUCCGUUAAUAUAAUGAAAAAUGCCGAAAAAACUCAAGACGACUUCAACCAGUUGAAGGAUAAAUACAAUAAUGCGAAGGACCAACUUCACCAGGACUUGAAUCGUGUCAAAUUAUCCAAGGAACGGUCCAAGGAAUUGAUAACGAAAGCUUUUGCUUUGGGAGACAAGGUCACAAAGACUCUUGAGGACAUUCAAAAGCUCGAAAAUAGUUCGAGGGACGACUUAUUAAGUGUCCUCGAAAAUAAAUUAAAUGGACUAAUAUUAAACAUGAAUAGAUACACUAACGAACUCCAAGGAAAGGUGGAUUAUUAUAAGCAGUGUACGUAAUUUUGUAAAUAGCAACUUGCAAUAAAUAACUGUAUUUCAGUUUUAAAGAGAUUUUUUAUUAAUUUUUUAAAUAAGUUAUACUAUUAACAUUAUUUUAAUUGAAUAUUUUUUUAAUAUCUAUACCAAUGUGUAAUCACUGCCUAUUACAUUAAGCUAUGGAUGUAUUUAUUGAGUGAGAAAAUAAAACAAUAACUUAGUUGA